AUGGAUUAUAUCCAUAUGUUCGCGUUGUAUCAUUAUAUGAUGAACACCCUUGCGAACAUGAAUCUUUUUAUUCGAAUAUCUCAACCAUGUCCAUGUGUGGAAAAAUUAAUUAUCAAUAAUCGUUAUGGACAAAAUCAGAAAGAAUCUUACAAAUUAAUGAAUGAUAAGUCGAAUUUAUCAAUUGCUAAAUAUUAUAAUCUUAUUGAACUUCAUAUAGAUCGAGCUCAUGAUGAUUAUAUUGACGAAUUUCUAUGUAAUACGAAAACAUAUUUCCAAAAUAAUAUUCUUCUUGAUAUCGAUUAUGAAGCUAUUACAAAGAGCCACACAUGA